CAAAGCAAAUCAAACUCUCUCAACGCUUCCUCAACCUCCUUCUCCUCUUUAUCUUCUUCCCAUCAACAAUCCAUUCCAUUCGAUAUCCUCUCAUUGUUCUUCUUGGUAAACAUCUCCAUUGCAUAUGAACUUUGUGUGAUUUUUUGAUUUGGCGGAUUCGUGUUGUGGUUAGGUUGAAUGCGGUCGAUUGUGUUUGUUUCCGGUCAGUGGCAUUGCGAGAUUGAUCAAUGUGAGUGAUGCAGAAGCGGUUGAUAAUUGAUCGCCAAUCGCCUGGGAUGUGACGGUUUUUGGAUCCGAUUAAAUGGCUUCCAAAAUAGAGAAAGAGAAAGAAGAACCAUCUCAGGGAGGUGGUGGCGCUCCUGCUCCUCCCCCUCCGCCGCCUGGUCCACCAGAUCAUCUGCGUACUCGUGGCAACUCGGUCUUCAAGAGUGGCCCACUUUUUUUAUCAUCUAAAGGCAUUGGCUGGACGUCCUGGAAAAAGAGGUGGUUUAUUUUAACACGUACUUCACUGGUUUUCUUCAGAAGUGAUCCAAGUGCCGUCCCUCAAAAGGGGGGUGAAGGGAAUUUGACUCUUGGUGGAAUUGACCUGGCUUGCUCUUUGAAAUUUGUGGUUGUCAAAGCAGAUAAAAAGCUCUUGACAGUUCUUUUUCCUGAUGGCCAUGAUGGACGAGCAUUCACUCUCAAGGCUGAAACUUUGGAGGAUUUAUAUGAGUGGAAGAAUGCACUUGAGAGUGCUUUGGCACAAGCACCAAAUGCUGCUCUUGUAAUGGGUCAAAAUGGUAUUUUCAGAAACGAACAGGGUGAUGCAGUUGAUGGGUCUAAAGAAACAUUGAAGGAUAGACACCCUAUUAUAAAGUCUACGGUCAUUGGCAGACCAAUUUUGCUUGCCUUGGAAGACAUUGAUGGAGCUCCAUCUUUUCUUGAGAAAGCCCUUAGGUUCGUAGAAGAGCAGGGAGUCAGAGUAGAAGGAAUUUUACGACAAGCAGCAGAUGUUGAUGAUGUUGAACAUCGAGUUCGGGAAUACGAGCAGGGAAAAAGAGAAUUUUCUCUGGAGGAGGAUCCACAUGUGGUUGCUGAUUGCGUCAAGUACGUCCUCCGCGAGCUGCCAUCAUCUCCAGUCCCUGCAUCUUGCUGCAAUGCACUACUAGAAGCAUGCCGAACUGAUCACGGCAGUAGAGUCAAUGCAAUGCGUGCAGCAAUUUGUGGAACCUUCCCUGAGCCAAAUCGUCGCUUGUUGCAGAGAAUUCUUAUGAUGAUGCAAACUGUGGCUUCUCACAAGGCUGAUAACAGAAUGAGCAGUUCAGCCGUGGCAGCUUGCAUGGCACCCUUACUUCUUCGUCCUCUUUUAGCUGGUGAUUGCGAAAUUGAAACCAACUUCAAUGUAGGUGGCGAUGGUUCUAUUCAGCUUCUACGAGCUGCUGCUGCAGCUAACCAUGCUCAAGCCAUCGUUAUUACAUUGUUGGAGGAGUAUAACACCAUAUUUGGGGAAGGUUCUAUGUCCCCUGAACUAUUCUCUGACACAGAAGAGAGUGGUAGUGAGGCUGAGGAGGCAACUGAUGAUGAUGAGUCCUAUGAAGAUGACGAAGAUGAUGAUGCAACAGAGGGUACUGAUGUAUACACGGUUGAUGAUCUUGAGAAUGCAUCUAGUGGAGCAUGCAGUAAUAGUGGUGAGUCUGGAGAAGAGGAUAUCCAUGAUGACAAGAGUGUUGAUGAUUUUAGCUCGGAUUCUAUGUCCCCCAAGGUACACACUGAUUCUAGAAACAAUAAGGAAUUGUCAUCAAGGGAUCAUCAAACCACACAGACUCAACAUGAAAUUGUACAAGAGACAGAGAGUUUAGCCAAUCAAAAUGCCAAUAGGUUGGCAGAGGAGAAAGCAGACAACUCUGAACUAUCAUAUAAUGCUUUUGUUGUAUCGAGUUUAGAGUGUAAUGUGCCUGAUCCUAGUCCAUUGCCACAAAUUCAAAAAUCAACAACAAUUUCAAAUGGACCGGUGCAAAGUUGUAGGCGUCCCACUGUUUGGGGAUGUACCCCUGCAAAGAAGAACCUUUCGAUGGAAUCUAUUGAUUAUCCCGUUGAAGAUGAACUUGAAGUCCAGAGGCUAGAAGCCACUAAAAUUGACUUGCAAAACAAGAUUGCAGAAGAGGUUAAAGGUAAUGCGGCUCUACAAGUCAGUUUGGAAAGGAGAAAGAAUGCCUUGCAUGAGCACCGUUUAGCUCUUCAGCAAGACGUGGCAAGACUACAGGAACAGUUGCAAAAGGAGAGAGAGAAGAGGACAGCGUUGGAAUUAGGACUUGACACAUCUCAACAGCCACGACAAGUUGCAGACACUAUUGAUGAAAAGACGAAAGCACAGCUUGACGAAAUAGCAGAGGCAGAGGUAAUGAAUUUUGAGCAGAAGGUUGAUGAUCUAGGGACGCCACUGAAUCAACAGCGAGGCCAAAACCAUGGUUCCAUCUCUGGUUCAUGCAAUUGGAAUCCUCCAGUGAAAGUGAACGAUAAACAGAAGGAUGCUGAAGACACUUCUAGUUCACAUCCCAUUGGGAGGUCUGCAAGUAAGGAUAAUCAUGUGGAUGAAGCAGAUAUUGGGAAUCAGAAGCAGGAAUCAUUUUCUUUACCAGAUAAACAUCCACAACAAAACCAGCAGAUGGAUCCAGUACGCAAUAACAACUCCAAGUCUGUUUCGACGACUCCUAAUUCUUCUACUGGAAAGCAGGUAGUAGGAAGGCCAAAUGCAAGCAAUUCCAAGCGGUCUGGUAACAGGAGUGAGGGAACAAAUUCCACUACUUCUGCACUAUCAAAGUUGACAACCCGACUCAACUUUCUGAAGGAACAGCGAAGCCAGAUUACGAACGAACUGCAGAAUAUGGACAAAGGCCGAAAUUCAGGUCAAGAUGUCUCAAACAUGGAUAGAGGUCAAGGUUCUGAUAGUCGUCAUCAGUCACUACAAAACCAAGACAAGGACGAAGAUUUAGUUCAUCAAGAAAAAGAGAGAAUUGGAUAAUGGUCAUCCCCUUCAGACCCAGAGAAAGGGUUAGGAAUGGAAGGCCAGUCACGCCAGAAUUCAGAAAGAAAAAAAAAUUGACAGUCUCAUGGUCAGAAUCUGGAUGGAGGCAAAAGUUCAGGAUAUUCACAUCUCGUUCUUGACAGAGAAAAACUCUCAAGGCAAUGCGCCGAAUGCUCCUGGAUUAGAAGGCCAUCCAGACAAUAUAUGUAGAUAAUGACGGAGCUUGUUGGAUGGCAAUGCUCCAAAGUUGAUUUUGAUCUCCAUACUCACAGGACAUACUUAAAUGUCCUGAAACCCCAUAAGCCAGGGGUGUGCACAGAAGAACCAUCCCAGCUUGAUUUAAGCUAAAUUAUCUGUGACCUUAGCUGCUAAUUUUUCUGGGUUAGAGUGGAGGCAGGGUUGAAUACAUCUUUUGUAUGGGUAAAUCCAGUUUUUUUAGUUAAUUGUAGAGUGUGAGUGUAAAGAUUAGUUAGGACCUGGGAUCAAGCUACUGUUGGAGCUUAAGAUAGGGAAACGCUCGUUUAACCUGACCCCAGCACCUUGUGGGUCUUGUUUAAUGACAGCAACUGCACACAAAACAUUUUUAUUAGACUGGGUUCCAUCGCUGA